ACGGUCGAGUAUACGUCGUAUGUCGCGGAUUUCCGUUCACGUACGCGAGCGUACGGAUUUGUCACUGAGAGGAAAAAUAUCGAGCGCUCGCGCGUAGCAUGUCUUGACGAGUAGGACAGGCGUUUCGAUUGAGUUCUCGGUAGAUAAGGGUUCUCCAUAAUGGCGGGCGGUCAACAGCUUCCGGAGCAGUACACGGUACCACAAUACGCAAGGAUCUUCCACAGUCUGCCGCAUCUGAACGUCUCUUUACAUUCGGUCAAUAAUACGUUCAAUCCCCACUCCGAGAUCUAUUUGGAGAGCCUCGGGAUACUGGGAAGUAUUCCGGCAGCCUGGUUGAUCUUAACUUUACUGGUAUUGCUGGUUUAUUUGGUAACAAGAUGCUGCGACCGGAGGCCGCGCCCCAAGAAGUCGAUAACCGCGCUGAAGUGUUCGCUGGCCAUCCUAGCGUUACUCUGCAGUGGAGCAGUGGCUGUUGGUCUUUAUGGUAACGACGACGUACACAACGGCUUGGUACAACUCAUAGCAGCUGCGAAAAACGUCGAUGGGAUUCUUAUUGGCGUCAGAAAUCAGACUGAUAUUAUAGAAGCGACUCUGAAGAGAAAAGUGCAGCCGCAACUGACUGCUCUUGGAGAUGAAUUCGAUGCUCCGGUCAGUAAUAAAACUAUGCUAAGUUGGCUGCUAGCGGCACUUAAUGGCAUGAAGCAAAAUACGAGCAUCGCUGUAAAUCGGAGUUUUGAGAUACGAAAGCCUUUGAGCGGUAUUAGUCUUGCCGGCGCCAUUGGGAUGGGUGAGAAGAUCGAGCAGUUGCGAUGGCCUAUCACUAUGGCGGUCCUGAGCGCUCUACUUGUCCUCUGCGUGGUUCUGGUGGUCGGUGUUGCACGGCACUCCAGAUGUGUUCUCAUAACAUUUUCCGUAUUCGGCUUGUUUGCGGUUAUCGUCUCUUGGCUCAUGGCGUCCUUAUACUUGGCAACUUCUGUAGCUCUAGGUGAUCUUUGUGUCUCACCCGAUGGUUACUUGAGCAGAGCCGUACCGUCUACUUUAGCCUCCGAGGUACUCUCAUACUACACGCAUUGCGAGAACACGCGCAGCAAUCCGUUCACGCUAAGAUUGCGGGACACGCAACGUGCGGUGGAUAACAUGAGGCAUAAUUUGAACACGGUGACUAAAUUAGCUCUAGAACUGUUCAAAGAUCAGCAGCUCCAGCCAAAACUCAGCAGUUUAUCCACAGACGUUAAUACCAUAGACAGACUCAUGCCAGGUUUAUCCACGUUACUCGAUUGUAAACCUCUGCACAAGCAAUACGUUCAUGCCGCCAAGAGUUUGUGUCACUUGGGAUUGUAUGGAUUGAGUUUCAUGCUAAUAGCCAGUUUAGCUGCAGGUCUCUUAUUCACCGUUUUGGUUUGGGUGGAUUCUCAUACGUGGAUAUACAUACGAAAACGAAGGGAUUAUCAUCAGGUUGACGAGCAAGAUCCUUACUUACCACCAUCGGCAGCGUCACAGGCGAUAGCAGCAAGGACCCUUCGAGGCCAAGGGUCGUACCCGCCUACAGCCCCUACGCUUAAUUCGAAUGCUCUUGGCACUCAUAACACGAUUAAGCAGCCUCUCUUGCUAACGCCGCCCCCACCGUCCUACGCUACUGCGACUGCUCGCGCACGUCAACUGCACGAGAGCAUGUUAAAAGGUGGGGGUGUUAACGGGAGCGGAGGGGGCGGGGAUCACAAAUCGUCUCAGCAUAAUCAGCAAUCAACGGGUGGACGAGCUGAACACCGAUCUGGACUCGGAGAUCAACCUGGCCAGUACGCGACUCUGAGCAAACAGUGCAAGACGCUAGAAUCUAGUAGAGAACCACCUUGGACGCCCAGCGUGGCUUCCUUCACCGGUACCCUGUCUCAUAAUUCGCACGGGCCCGCGCACCUUGCCACUUUUCAGGAUUCGCGAAAGACACAAACACUGGAUCCGAAGAACCUGGCCAAUCUAAAGAGGGGUCCGACUCAGGCCUGGAAUCAAAAUCGACCGCUUCCACCGAAUCCCGCGAGUCAGCAACCUACGUGGGAGUUCGAGUCGCGCUCGCAGACUAAUAUGAAUCAGUUUAGAUCGUUGGUGCGGAACAAGGCGCCUAAUAUUCGCAUUCAGGAUCAAAUGCAAGAUCAGGUCAGAACUUUGGAUAGAAAUUUCUCGCGUAGUCAGUUCAACGGUACUACACCGCAGAACAACACGGUGCCGAAUAUGUAUGGUACAUAUAAUCGAGCGCAGGGAAGGCAGGAGAAGCCGACGGUGGCUACGCUGAGUCAGGUACAAGGUAGUGAUCCUAAUCUGUAUGCUGUAACGGAACUCUAAUCGUCGAAAAAAAAGAGAAGAUGCAAAAUCAUGAGUAUUUGCAGAAUAGAGGCAUUGUUGACAAAGAGAGUUUUGUCUUUUAACAAAAUUCAAAACAUGCGAUUUGGAGUUCCUAUAAAAUAAUAGAGAAAAAGGUAAAUUGAUUUCAGAGACCUGCGAUAAAAGUGAGAGAAAUCAUGGAGAGGAGGGGGGAGUGAAAAAAGGAUUUUUAGAGAAGUUAGGAACUUGUGUGAGACAUACUUUAUAUCCGAGAUUUUGUACUUGUAUAUCAUGUACAGUGAUUGUGGUACGUCCUUCUAUGUUAUUCUCCCUCUUUGUUAUCGCGUUCUUGAUUAGACCGCGCGCGAAGUAUCCAAGGACAGGCUGAAAUGCAUACUUAAACGUACACAAUUAUAUUGCUUGUUGGCCGACUUGAAAGCUGCAUGAACGAACAUGCACGAAAGAAAUCUUCACAUGAAGUUUUACACUGAUAUCGUUUACAGAGAUACUGCUCGCUUGUUCAUUCUAAAUUAGCCGUUAAUUUCGCGUGUGAUGUUUAACCGAAGAGUUAGAUAUCGCGACUUGAAGGAGAUACCAAAAGACGAUGAAGGAAAUAUACGGUUUUUAUAUACUUUUUACAUUUUAACCGAACGAAUCUAUGUUGAAUUUUCCGUGAGAGAUAUUUAAUAUACUUUAUAUGUGUGUGAAAACUUAUACAUAUACAUCUAGUUACCGCACGAAUGUCUGGUGAUUUUUACGGGACUCUUUGGCAGAAUUCGAUUGAUCAUAGAUCAUGCUCGAUACUGCCAAUGCUCUCAGGCGAAUAUACUUUUUAAGUACAAAGACAGUGGUAGCACAGGCGUUAUGGGUUUUCAGUUUUUAUGUGCAAACGAAAAAGAGUUGAAAAGGAAAUGGAUAGGAAUGUCCAACGUAUCGAUAAAGGAUAUUUGGAAACAUACUUCCACAGGCGGUAUUAGUUAAAAAUACUCUUUAAAGACAGUAAGGAAAAAUUAAUCUGUCGCAAAAAAACUAAAUCUUAUUGUAUUUUGUAAGAGUCGAGAAUGAAUUUUCUGCGGAGCGCAGUCUUCCUGAGAUCUUCUGUAACAUCAGAGAUAUACCGAGUAUAUUAGGCAAAGAGAAUAUCUGGCAAUUAUUCGGUACUCGUUGAAUCAAAUCCAAGUGUCGGAGAAGUAAAUGUUGUGCCUGAAUAAUAGCCAAUUGGUCAAGCGUUGUUUACUAUUACAAGUAUCAACGAGUGUCCGGUUGAAUAUUGGCAAUUCUUUUUCAAUUGCCACGGAUGUCUAUCUCCGAUAAUAUUCGGUACAUCUCUUUUUCUCUUUAUAAUUGAUUACUAUCUAAAAGUUUGUAAGAGUUGAUACAGAUUUUCAGCAAUCGCAAAUGACUUUGUACUGGCAUCCGCAUAUAAUUCAGUAAGUUUGUAUAUAAAAUAAUAACACUUAAGAUUAUUGAGUAAACGUGAAAAGUGUGAUAAAACCGAAUCUAGAUGUUAUUACGGAUUUUACAUGGAAGCAUUUUGCCAUUUUUUUUUAUUGACAAUUUAACCACGACUUUCGAUUGCGGAAAGGGAAAUCGUGCCAUUCCAGGAAUAUAUGCAUUUAACGCAAACUACUUUCCAGGAUUUUCUUAGGGCUUGUGUUUAGUCGAGUAAAAAUCAAUUAUAUAAUCGCAAUACCGAGCAUUUUAAGAGCGUGAAUAGCAAAAGAACUUAAUCCAAUGUAAAUAAUUGUAAUAUUUAUUACAGAGCGAUAGCUCGUAGACUAGUAGUAUAUAGUUUAGUUAAAUGCUAAUUUAAGUUUCGACGAUAAAUAUAUAAAUGUGCGCACGCGACCACGUGCGCGUAAUAGCAAAUGAACGAAUAUCGUUUUGUUCACUUUGGAGAUGAAGAAGCAUCCUAGUCAGUAUAUAAAGUUGUGUACAUUCAUUAAUAAGAUCUCUUGCCAAAUUUUUAACCCGGCUCAAUUUGAAGAAAAC